ACACUUGUUUUACUUUUCAAGGUCAGGCAAUUGCAUUCCAUCCUCACAAAAUUUGAUCUUUUUCGUUUUUCCUCAGUUUUAUUAAAUAAGAAUAAACAAUUUUGCAAUAGUGGCAGAGUUGGACAUUUUUUUUCCUUCUUUUCUUUUUGUUCUUCUAGCGACUUGGUCCUUCUUGGUAUUGGAUCCGAUCUCUCUACCCACUACACAAACUUUUAUACUCUUUCGACCUCCCCGCCAUGGUUGAAACGAUGAAGAUUAUUUGAUUUCUGCAACACCCAUCUCGUUAUUCUUCUUCUUUCUCCCCAUUGUUUCCCAGUUCUGGUUCAUCUUCUUGCAGGAAGUAAAAAUAUAAGGGUUUCUACUAGGGAAAGUCAUCAUGUUGAAGAAAUCACCAAGUCGGAGCAGUAGGUCAAAAGGCAUCAAGGUGAAACAUAUUUUGCAGAUUGUUUUGUUGCUUGGUGUUUGCUUUUGGUUAAUUUAUCAGGUAAAGCGCUCCCAUGAUAAGAAGAAAGAGUUUGACCAAAAAGAUAAUGAAUUAACAAUAAAAACUCAAGAGGGGGGUGGUCUUUUGAAACUUGGAAGAAAAGACCUUCGACCAGAGGUUGAGGAAGUUCAUCCAGGUGAGAAGCAAGAGGAAGAUGAGGAAGAAGAAACUGGGAGUGAGGAAGAAGAGCCAAAGCAUGAGGGAGAAGAGGGACAUGAAGAACAGAAGAAUGAGGCAGUCGAUGAGGAAGAUGAAGGGAGCAAGCAUGAAGAGGAGACUGAUGAUGAUGGGAGAGGAGGCAGCGAUGAGGACAUAGAUGAGAAUGAUCAAGAGAAGGCGGAUGAUGAAUCCAAUCAUGAAGUUGAGAAUGCGGACGACGAGAGAUUGAAAGAAGACAGUGAUGAGGAUGCUGGAGGAAAUGAAGAGAGAGAGAAAGAAGAUCAAAGAGAAAAUGAGAAUUCUUCUGAUGAGCAGGAGAAUGACAGCGGUGAUCAGAGCACUCAUGAGGCACGUGAGGAAAACUACAAGGGGGAUGAUGCUUCUAGUGCAGUGGCCCAUGAUGACCAUUCUACCACCUCAGAGACAGAGGAAGUGAAUUUAGAAAAUUCAAAUGAGAACUCAGAGCUGAUUAGCAAAGAACAGAACAGUAAAUCAAGUGACAUCGAAGAAUUAAAAAGGACCCACAACAGUUCCCAGCUAAUCGAGGAAGUAGAUAAGAUGGAUAACAACGAAACUUCAUCCAAUGAGAAUUUCAGUGAUGUGAAGUUGAACGAAAACACUUCCCUCCCUACUGAUAGUUCAGUUCAAAAUUCAACCGUUGCUACUCAAUCUGAGGAUCAACCUGAAUCAAGCAAUACUACAUCCUCUGCAACUACCGAGACAAAUAAGGUAGAGAAUGUGGAUUCUUCCCAGCAAAACAGAACACAAAUUGGUUUGAAUCAAGCUCAAAAUGAAACCACAGACAAUUUGGCAGCCCAGAAUGAAACCAUAGACAAUUUCACUGCUCAGAAUGAAACCAUAGACAAUUUCACUGCUCAGAAUGAAACAUCUCUUCAGUCGUUGAUACUAUCAAAUUUGAAUGACAAGAACUUGGAGAACAACAGCACUUCUGAGUCUCAGCCAAACUCUAUCAGUAAAGAUGAAAAUUCAAAUGGGGUCGAAGGUGAGACCCUAAAUAUCACCAGUAAGGCAGAUCCUACGUUUUCAGAUGACAAGACAAACGAACCUGAGAAAGAUGACAAAACAACAGAACCGGAGAAUGUUUUACCGAACUUGAUUACCCAGGAGAACAGCGAAGCUGCUCAGAAUGACAAGUCGGAAGACAACAGUGAAUCCAAUAGCGAUAGCUCUGACUCUACAAACCAUAUCGAGGACCCAGUUCAAGAUGAUCCAAUUGGCUCUAACGAUUCCCAUAUAACCGAACGGGUGGAUCUGGAUACGUUACCAGACAGUAGAACUGAGGGUGACAACAGUGAAGAGACUGCAGCAGAAUGAGGAUUUGAAUUGUAGAGGUGGAUUCAUGGAAGUGCUUUUAGGUUUUUUUGAUGAUCUGUCUGUCAUUUUGAUUAGCAGUUGCUGGUUGCCCAUGAUUGUUGCCCAAGAUUAUGUUGAGUGUUUGUCUUGUAAUUGAGAAUUUGAUAAUCUAUACUCUAGAGGAUGAGCUAUAGAAGGAGGCAAGGCAUGUGCUAGUUAGUUAACUUUGUAUAAUCAAUUUCAAUUUUUCUUUGUUGACUGCUUGGUUCUUUGGAAUGUGAUAUCUGAACAAACUACAUAGUAGGUUAUUGUCAAUGCAGAAAGAUGUUCUUUUCAA